AUGGCUACACAGCCUCAACUGCCAUCACACGCUAUGGCAGUGACCGCAGCGCCCCAGGGGCGGGGCACCAGCCUCAUCAGGGACCACUUAAAGAUCCCAACCCCGUUUCCGCCCCCAAACAAGCGGGAUGCAGAAUCGCAGGAGUCAAGUUCUUUAAAUCAGGAUGGCUGCCUUAGUGUAGCGUCGUCCCCAAUUACUCCGUACUUGAUGUUUGUUUCUUGCAUGUCUCAACCAGCAUCAACUAUCCGACCGCUGGUCGAUUCACUUUACGACUCCACUCGUCAGUCAACGGCCCUAAUCAACCAGACUCACAAUGAACUCGGCUUGCUUCUUGCAGUCUUGUCCGCCACCGAAGCACGCUCGUCGCUGCUCUAUGCGGAUCGAACGCCCCUGGCUCUGGACUCGAAGCUAGAAAGUUGCUAUGCUAUUCUACUCGAUGUUGAAAAGUUGCAAAAUAAUCCGGCGGAGAUAGGUCUGCAGGCUCGUAUUACGGAACUUCGAGCUCGGAUCUCGUCGUUGGUUUUUGAACUUAAUGUUAUGAAUGCCGAUAUGAUGAUAUGCUCCCAGAAUAAAGUCAAUCGGUUGCUAGGUGUCUUUAUUGAAGAUGUGCGCGAGGGCAAACGAGGACACUCGGUAAUCACGGAUGCCCUGAACGACGAUGCUUCUCCGGAUUCUGGGAAAGGGCAAGCAUGGGGAAAUCUCCAGCAGGAGCUGCUAGAUAUGGGGAUUUCUUCCGAGCUUUCUUUCCAAGAUCACGAUUUUAUAAUCUCGACUCUUCGUUAUGAAGUUGAAGAAAAGGAUCUCAUGAAGAAUAUCAAGUCGAAGCCAACACCAUUAGUGAUCGUUGAACCACCAACGAUCAUCGUCUCGUCACCCGAAUCUCCAACUAAAGCCCAAAUCGAAAGAGAGAGUUCGAAGCCGGCACAAUCAGAACUCGUUGAACCUCCAGCUACUAUCGUCUCAUCGCCUGAAAUUUCGGUUGCAUAUCAAAUCAAAAGAGAGAGCUCUCCCUCACUACCGCCUCGACCCCAAGAUCCAGGACUUUCUGCGCUUUCUGAAAAGGAAGUAGUUCUUGCUGAAGAUUUGCAAACCUAUGUAGCUCCAGCCCUAGGUGCAAAGAAAGCAAAGAAUGAAAGUCCACCACCUUUACCACCUCGACCUCGUGAUUCGGGACUAUCUGCGCUUUCGGACAAGGAGGUUGUUGUCACAAAAGGUUCACCAAAUUCCGCACCAAUAUAUACACAGGGUACAAGCGACAUAGAGAAGCAGGUACUGCCAACAGACAACUACCCAAUCCCCGUUGCGACAGAGGCUUUCUUCAACGCGACAGGGGAUUCCUACAAACAAGCUCUCCCUCGAGACAAUUUCCCGAUCCCAGCGUCCACAGAAUUUUUCACCGCCAGCAACUUCACCAAGCAAGUCGUUUCGCGAGAGAGUAUAUCAAUACCCACCACAGAGACGAAUUCCAGUUACCACGGUAGCUCUCAUGGCGACGGGAACAGCAACAACAACAGCAAUUCUUCCCUCUCAUCUACUAGCCCAGCCAAGAAGCCAAGCAUAAUCCACAAAAUGAAGUACAGAUUAACAAAUAGCAAAGAAAGCUUCAUCACCACAAUCCAGCAAAACAAAACCGACACCUUGAAAAAAGCCCUCGACAAAGGCGCAAACGCCGAUACCAUGAACCAAGACGAACAAACCGCCUUAAUGGUAGCAUGCUCCUACGGGCACGAAGAAAUCGUGAAAACACUCCUGCACUACGGCGCAGACGCAGACAGAUCAUCCGAUAAAGGGGAAACAGCCCUCGGCGUCGCGGCCGGACGGGGACAGGAGGGUAUUGUCCGCGUCCUGCUAGCCCACGGAGCCAGCGUGAAUUCCUACGGCAGGGCGAAACCAGGACUGUCCGAGGCCGCGGCGUCUGGGUAUGAAAGUAUUGUGCGGCUAUUGCUGGACCGCGGGGCUGAUCCUAAUGCGAUGCGUGGGCUUGGACUGACGGCGCUGUCUCGGGCUGCAGCGAAUGGCCAUGUUGGUGUUUGUCGCUUGUUGUUGGAUAAUGGGGCCAAGGUUGACCAUCCGCAUUCUGUUAUUAACACGUCGCCGCUUGCCAGGGCUGUUGAGUCCGGACAGGCGGGUGUUGUUAGGCUUCUGAUGGAGUGGGGGGGCUGA